CAUUAUUGCACACUUUCACAAAAAAAAAAUUUUUUUAAAUAAAAAAAAAAAUAAAAAUGUUAAACAAGGAUAUUCUUUAUUUGAUAUUUGAAGAACUUCAAGAUAAUGAAAAGAUUCUUCUUCGUUCAUGUAUUUUUGUUAAUAAAACAUGGUGUGAAACAAGUAUUCCAAUUUUAUGGAGAGAUCCUUGGAAAUGUUUAAAGAGAGAUAAAGAAAAAUCAUUAAUAAAUGUAUUAAUUUCACAAUUAUCAGAAGAUUCAAGAAAUAUAUUAAAAAAACGUAAAUUAUUAAAAAAAUCAUAUCGUCAUCAAAAACCUUUAUUUAAUUAUAUAAGUUUUUGUAGACAUUUGAAUUUAGAAGUAAUUCAAAGGAUGAUUUUUAAUAAUUAUAGAAGUUAUAAAAAAUCAAAAAUAUCACUUAUUCAAAAAGAAAUAUUUAAUUUAUUAAUUAAUGAGAAUAUGAAAAUUACUCAUCUUUAUAUACCUAAUAAAUUUGAUUAUCAAAUAAAUCUUAUUCCUGGAAUUAAACGUUGCUUUUCAGAAAUUGAAUUUUUACGUUGUAAUACUAGUAUAAAUGAUAAGGUUAUGGCUGGAAUAUCUUUAGUAAAUUUGAAAACAUUGGAAUUGGAUAAUGAUUAUUAUAGAAUCUUGACUGGAAAUUAUUUAGAGAAUUUAUCUUUACAUCGUUUAAAAAUUUUAACUGCGAGUCGUGUACCAAUAAAUACUUUAACAAAUCUAAUUGAAAAUACUAAUGGACAUCUUACUGAAAUAAUAAUUGAAUAUGUAAGUCAUGAUAAUAUUAGUAAUAAAAAAAUUAUUCAAGUUAUUUAUCAAAAUUGUCCAAAUCUUAAAUAUCUUAAAUUAUUAUUUAGAAAUAGUAAUAUUAUUGAAUUAGAAAAUUUAUUAAUUAAUUGUAAAUAUUUAGAAGGUUUGUUUAUUAUUGGUAGUACAGCAGAUGCAUUUGAUUGGGAUAAAUUAUUUGAAAUAUUAACUAAAUCUUCUCCUAUUAGUUUAUUUAAAUUUAAAAUUUAUUCUUAUAUACCUCCAAAAUUAGAUUCCUUAAAAUUAUUUCUUGAUAAUUGGAAAAAUAGAUUUCCUAUGUUAUUACAAGUAGGUCGAAUGAAAGAUACAAAAGAUUUGGUAGAAAAAUAUAAAGAGGUGGGAAUAAUUAAAAAAUACAAAAAUUGUUUAUACGGUAAAGAUUUUGAAUGGAUUUAAAUGAAAUUAUUUUUUAAUGGAAAUAAUGGAGUUUUUUUUUUUUUUUAUCGAAUAUUUUAAAAAUUUUUAUAUUAAAU